GUGUGUGUGUGCAGCUAGCAGUGUUAGCUGGCCGAUAAACCUUGCCUGUAGCUUAGCUUAGCUUCGUUAGCUGCUGGUGCAAAGGAUAGUGUAGCUAUAUGAAGCUCGACUGGAGUUAUUGUGGUAUAAACUCGUUGAUUUGCUGUGGUUUGUCUCUGCACAUGGCAUCGAUAGGAUUGGCAAAGGCACGGCCGUGUGUUUUUAGGUGUUAUUUAACGACAUUGGAAGGAGGUACUCUGGGUUAAUGCAGUGUUUUCUGUCCAGGGAGCAACGUUAGUUUCUCCAUUUUCUUGGGUAGUUGUUUUCUUGUUUAUUUGGGUAGGUGCAACUUCGGCUAGCUGGGGUUACAUGAGGCGGGUUACAUUUGGUUGGACAAACCCUUUUGUCUGGCCUUAAGUUGCCCUGAUUAGAAGCUAAAUGUGGCAGGAUUUCUCCUAAUUUCUCAGCUCAGACUGCAAGCUGUGGGUUUAAAUUCAGCUAAAUUCAACCUAGCCAGCCAACAUUAUGGUUUCAAUCCCUCCUGGUAGCAACGUGGCUCACAGGUGUUGCACAACUCUGUGUGUGGCUGGUCAGGGGGGCUCCAUCUCAAUGUUUAGGAUGGCUAGAUAAGUGCCUGUGACCUCCUUAUUGUUGCUUUAAAAACCAGUAUUAGUAUUAAACCAUCACAAUGUGCCUUUGUGUGAGUGAUGUUGGUAUCAAACCUGUGCUGUGAACACAAUAAUGUGUGUGUUUCCUGGCAGAAUCACACCUGGCAAGGGGCUACUUGUAGGACCUGCUAUCCACAAUCUGUUGCCUUGCUCCAUAUGGCCAUCCUGCAGUACGUGUGUGUUUGCCAUUCACACACACACCUGUCAGUGGGAGAAAAAAAAGAAGAUCCUAAGCUAUUCUACUAAGAACAGCCGAUGAACCGGGGCAGAUAAUGUGUCACCGUAACUCUACUCUGCUGUGCCAGUCCCCAGGUGGUAAACCGUAACACACUGAGGCACGGAAAACACAAUACCACAGCCCUGGAUCAGCCUGUGUGUCCACGCCAAGGCUGGCUGAUUGAACUCAGCCUUGCGUGAUAUUGCCUAACUUUCCUUGUUUGAUCUACUUCAAGAAGAUCCUCCCACCGGUGUGAGUGGAGCGCCAUCAGAGAACAACAUCAUGCUUUGGAACGCUGUUAUUUUUGGGCCUGUGGGAACACCGUUUGAAGAUGGAACAUUUAAGCUUCUGAUAGAGUUUUCCGAGGAGUACCCAAACAAGCCUCCCACAGUUCGGUUUGUCUCCAGAAUGUUUCACCCAAAUGUUUACGCAGAUGGCAGUAUAUGUUUAGACAUCCUUCAGAACCGCUGGAGCCCCACGUACGAUGUGUCGUCCAUACUCACCUCCAUCCAGUCGUUGCUGGACGAGCCAAACCCCAACAGCCCAGCCAACAGUCAGGCCGCACAGCUCUAUCAGGAAAACAAGAGGGAGUACGAGAAGAGGGUGACGGCCAUUGUGGAGCAGAGCUGGGUGGAUGUCUAAGCUUCUCUUGCUCUCUACUCCUUCCUCUCCAUCACCCACUCUUCAUCACCCCAGUACUUCAGUCUUUCAUUUUUACCUCAUCAAGAAAAAACAGCAACUAUAUCAUAAAAAACUCAAGUGCCACCCUGAAAAAAACAACCAGAAUGGACAUUAACUUGCUUGCCAAUACAUUUGAGGAAAACAAGGGAGGAGAAAUCAAUCUUAUAUUUGUGUUUCUUGUCCUUAAUUUUACUUUUUUUUUAUUGCAUGAUGUGAAAUAAGUUAUUGCUAACAGAAUUUGUAAUAUAUCUUUGUUGGUUGGUUGGAUUGAUGCUGUUAGUGUUUGAGUUUUACAGAUUUGUUUUUUUUUUUCCCCUUUGGAAGCAUUUUUUUUUGUUUUUGUAAUGUCUACUGGUGUGCACACAACUUGGCUGUUUGGAAAGGGCAGGUUGAUGACCAAAUCAGCAUAUUUUGAAUGUCAUGGAAGAAUAACGGCUUUCAGAGUCUGUGUCGUUAUUCUUCAAGUCAGCCACAUAUGCAGCUGAUAAAGAACAAUCUCCGAUCUGUUCCAGCAUAUCUCUGGUAUUUUAAGAGACACUGUAGGUUUGGGCUCACAGACGUCACAGGCUGCAGUAGCGCCAAGUCUCCCUUGCACUGAUGAAUCAUGACUCCCUGACUACUAGGCAGCUCUGAGCUUUUAUUUUGAUCAUUUCUGCUCCAUGGUAGAAGAUGAUUUUUGGAGAGGGAGAGUUAUGAGAAAGUAAAUAUUAACACCAGGAUGGGACAGGACUGUGUGACUGGGAAUCAUGGCUGAACCAAGGAAAUUCUUUACUCAUUUCAAUCAGUUUCCUGAUGUCAGCUUCUUUUCACUGUUUAUCACUUAUCCCAGUGUUAAAUUGUUAUCACAAGGUAUGUAGCACACAGGAGCCCCUGAGUUCAGGAAUUUAAGUGCUUGUGCUUUCUUGAAUUGUGGUGCCAUAUCUUUUUUUUUUUUUUUUUUUUUUUUAAUUAUGGUUCAUCAAUGCUAACGGACCAAAGGUAGCAAGUAGAAACCUGGGGAUGGUUCAUCUAUAAUCAGUGUUAAGUUGGUAAAACUUGAUGUACUUCUACAUCAUGUUCUCUGUUCUGCAUUUUCCUUAAUACACUUUUCGUUCACUUCCUACUUUAACUCUCAGAACUGCGUUUUAAAAAUGAGCGUUCAACUGUUCUCAGCUCCAGCUCCUGACAGCUCAUCUUAGCUUUUCUGCCCACAUGGUUUUCUAAUUUCACUCGCCACAGAAAGUACAUCACUUUUAUUUUUUUAAUGCUUUUGUUGCCUGUGACGCGUGUGAGCGUGAAUCAAGUGUCAGUGCUUUUGAUCCUUCUCUUAAAAUGACACAGCUGACAUAUAAAUUAACAAAUGAGCUGAGGAUAAAAGCAGUGCAGUCCAGUGCAUAUACUUUUUUCUUUUUUUGUUGCUCUAAACGGGAGCAGUUGGUAGAUGAUUGAGAGCACAAACUGCUGCAGGGAAAACACUUGCAUGCAGUUUGAACCCUGUUUCAACAGUGUGACAUCAGCUGUUUCCCCCCCAAAGGCUUAAGUUGUUUUCAUGUCUGCGAUUGUCUCGGUUUUAUUUGUAUGAUACCCAAUUAAAAGAAACUUGAGUAUAGAUUCAUGACUUAACCCUGCCCAACUCCAGCUAAAUAAUCCAUGGAAGACAGUCAUCAUAAAACAAGAGUUCUUUUUUGAGACAGUAAAGGUUAUAUUGUGGCUAGUGACUUAUUCCACCUAAAAAAGCAGAAGGGAUAUGUUAUAAAAUUUUGUGAAUUAAACAAAAAUGUAUACUUAUAACAAUAUGCUGUAUAAACAUAAUAAAACACAUUUUUCAGAC